CACUGAUUGACGGUUUCUUUCUUCAAUUUGAAAUUCUUUGGCUACCCAACUUGCCAACUUCUAACUGAAACUGGGAUUCUGAAUUAAUCUCUACUUGUAAUUUUAUGUGUUCUUUGGUAAUUGACGUAAAUAUAGUUUAAAUUUAAGAUUUAGUUAUUGAGUAUUGUUGUUAGUGUUUUUAAAUGUUUGUGCUAAAACAGAGCAAUGUAUUAUGAGAUUGAAAAUACCCCGGAGCAUAUACGAAAAUCUAGACGAACUGCAACCGUUCAAAAGAAGUCUCCAAAGGAAGAGCGCCCCCGACUUAUUCUGGCACCUUUUUCGAGACCGCCACAAGUGGUGUUUGAAAAUGUUCGCAUUGGAACUUCUUGCGAAAGAACUUUAGAAGUAUUUAAUCCGUCCAAACAAAUACAGCAGAUAACUUUAGGUCGCAGUCUGCCAGCUGGUCUCAUAAUACAUCUAGCGGAUGAUUGGCUGGUAUUGGAACCAGAGACAUGUUAUUGUUUAACACUGUUAUGGACACCGAUACAACCUACUGCCAUACGGGAUACAAUACGGUUCACCAAUGAAAGUCGUGGUCGAUAUGAUGUCAUUGUGGUACUCAAAACAGAAUUGAAUGGUAAAGGAAAAGGAAAUCAACCUAAAGGUGUCAAGAUAUCUCCAGGCAAAGUUAUAAAGAAGGCAUCAAAAAGGUCACCUGUUGCAGUAUAUAAAAAGAAAGCUGAGAUUAUAUACAAUUCAACAAAAUGUUCAACAGUUAAAUCUUUUUCAACAACAAAACAUAUUUUAAAACCUUCCAACAAAGAAAACAUCAUGACUGUCAAUGAUUAUUCGAUAAAUUCACAAUUUGAUAAAUGUCCUUUUGACUCUCAGACUAGUGUUGACUUCAAUUUCGAUACAAGUGAAAUUUUCGCAAACAUGAGGCAACUUAAAUCUGAAACUUACCUACAACAGACUUAUGAUAAAACAUAUCAUGAUAAAACACAAACCCAACAUAAUAUAUUAAAGCCAGUCAAUAAACAAACAUUCAACAUUUCGGGUUCUGAUUUAUUUGAUAAUCUUACAUUUACACCACUGAAAAUGAAUCCAGCUAAGAAUGAGAAAUUAGAUAAAGGUCCAAAAAUAAUAAUGAGCAUGAAUUCUGACAAUGAAUUUGACGACAGCUUAAAUAUGAGAAAUUCUAAUAAAGAAAAUGAAACUCAUUCUAUAAUUAGCAUUACAUCAACUCAGCCUCCGAUUAAAUGGUUGACAAUUAACCACCACCACGAAACUGAAAAACAGUAUAUAGAAAUGCCUGCAGUAGUAAACAAAAAGAUACCCAACACAUCAUCUCCUAAAGAAUUAAAUAGCCCAAAUUUCUCCAUUAAUACAGAAUUUUCACGUAUUAGUGACCUAUCUUUCCUUCCUCAUAGAUUCUCUACUGAGAGGAAAGUUCUACCAAGAAUUAACAAUGAUACACAUGACCUAGACGAAGCCAAUGCUAAAUUAAGUUCUGAUACUUACACCAAAGACUCUCCCAAUACACCAGUAAAUUUCCAAAUGUACACUGUAGAAUCUAAACCGCCAUAUUAUUUUAUGAGAGAACAGCAGCCAAAAAUGUGUAGACAAGCGUUAUUCAAAGAAAAUUAUCAACAUAGAGAGACUCGCGAUCGAAAUCUAAUGCAAUCUCACGAGUUAAAUAACUGGCACAAUGAAAUAAAAAAUGACGUAAAAUCUCCGUCACGACCAAAUUCACCAACACCUCUCCAGUCGAUCCCCGAGGAAAGUACACAAAAUUCCGAUACUCAGUUACUAGAUAAAAGUGAUAAAAUGUCGACUUUUACUAUAAAUCGAACCUUUGAUAGAGAUUAUUCAGAGAGAUCUUCAAUAUCAACUAAAAAUAAAAAAACUUGGUCAAAAAAAUCCGUACGAGCUGAACCGGAGUUAUGGAAAAUACCGACGUCUUUUGCAAAAAAAACACUAAAACCUAAAGUAAGUGUUAAAGGUCGAGAUUCAGACAUUAGCAAAGUAUCGAGCACUACAUUUGAUGCUAAUACAAGCACUAACCAAAACAUGUCAUUCGUAAAUCAUAUAGGAAACGUAUAUUCCCAGUCGUUUACUGUAGAUCCUUUCCUUUCUACGACGUAUUUCUAUGAUGAAGAAGCCGUAUUUAAGUUUGAGAACGAGUUUAAAAGGUGGCUUAAUUGCAUGCUGACACCUCCAGCUGACUUAGAAAGUAACAUCGAACAGAAAAUCGAUGUCGGUAAAGCAUGGCUAGAAAAUCGCAACAAAGAAGUUCCCUUGGCCCCUACAAAGGAGCAAGUUUGUAGUGUUUACCAUAAUAGUCAUAGACUAGAAAGUCUUCGCCGAGCAGCAAGGUCAUUGUUGAAGAGCCCUGAAAUCGCCCAAGUCUUUGAAAAAUUAAAUACUCAAAUAGAGAGGAAACUGAUAGCUAUUCGAAAUGAUAGGAAUCUUCACUUGGAUGUUGGUCUUCAAAAAAUUAUCAUGGAGUUAUUACUAUCUUACAAUCCACUUUGGCUACGUAUCGGAUUAGAGGCCAUUUAUGGAAUUACUUUACCUUUGAAGUCAAACAGUGACGUUGAAGGACUUACAACAUUUAUCAUUCAAAGAAUGUUCAAGAACCCCUUCUUAAAAAAUAAACGUUCCAAAUCUAAUGUUCCCAAUAUGCUUUUACCUGCUUAUAUGGAAGCUAUUAAGAAAUUUACCCUGAAAAAAUUUUUCAUGCUUGUCUUUUUUCUGGAUCAAGCUAAGCAAAGGAAACUCAUAUCUCAUGAUCCUUGCUUAUUCUGCAGGAAUGCCGUAUGUAAGGAAAGUAGAGAAGUUCUUAUACGAUUCACACGGGAACUCAUUGCGGGUAUAGGUGAUAUCACAAAACAUUUACGUCCUCUUGGUUACAUCGUUUGCCAUCAACAGUCUUAUUUAGAUGAAUAUAAAUAUGCUGUUAAUAAUAUUGCCAUUGAUCUAAGAGAUGGUGUACGAUUAUCUAAAGUUAUGGAGAUAAUUUUGAUGAAAAAUGGUUUAUUGCAUCAAUUGCGAACCCCCGCAAUUUCGCGACUACAAAAAAUACACAAUGUACAAGUAGCACUAAAUGCUUUAAAAGAAGCUAACUUUGUGAUUGUUGGUGAUAUAACUGCUAACGACAUAGCAGAUGGCCAUAGAGAGAAAACAUUGUCGCUUUUAUGGCAACUGAUACACGUUUUCCGGGCACCAUUAUUUGAAAAAGCGGCUAAUUUGAUUCAAAUCUGGUGGAAAAAGAAAUAUCAAGUCAUCGUUGAGAAACGGAAAGAAGAAGAGAAAUUGAAAGAACGAUUGAGUAGUGCCGCAACUGUCAUACAACACUGGUGGCGUAGAAUACAAUACGACCGCAUUGUUGAGUGGCAAAUGCAACAAGUCACGAAAGCAACUAUUGUGAUACAGAAAUAUAUUCGCAAAUGGUUACUCCGAAGACUAUAUCUUAAUAUGAAAAAGAGUGUAUUAAAGAUUGAAGAGUGGUUUAUCUCCAUGAAAAUGAUUCAAGAAGCAAAAAGUGAUCUGAAUAAUUUAAGAAUCGCACGUGAGGAAUUGAGACAAAAAUCGGCAACAGUGAUUCAAAGCUAUGUACGCCGAUGGCUAUGUACAAAACAAUACAGAACAACUUUAAAGAAAGUAAUACUGGUGCAGUCUCUAGUUCGGAGAUUUGUGGUUAGAAAUAAGUUUCUGCUCUUAAAAAAAUAUAUAAUUAUGAUUCAACAAAACUACAGAAGCAAGUUGUUAAUGAAAGUAGAAAUGAAUAGGUUGGCCGAGAAAAAGAGGAGUGUGGUGUUCAUUCAGAAAUCUUAUAGAAUGUGGAGAGACUUAAGAAACUUCAGAAAAUUAAAACAAGCAGUAAGUACUAUUCAAACUCGGUAUCGAGCUCUUAUAAAAAUGAGAUGUGAACAAAACAAUUAUUUAAGAUUUAAAAAUAGUGUUGUUAUAGUACAAUCUUUAUAUCGACGUAGGAAAGCACGAAUUCAGUAUAUACGACAAAGAGAAAUCAUUAUUCAAUUACAGAUAAGAAUUAGAGCACACCAACUCAUGAAAAGAGACAGAGAAAACUUUUUGAAAUUGAAAAGUGCUACCUGUAUUAUUCAGUCGCGCUUAAGAUCGUAUAUGAUUAUGAAAUGUAUCAGAAACUCUUAUAUGAGAAAACGUAACGCUAUUUUGCUUAUCCAAAGUUAUUACCGCUCAUAUAUUCAUUCGAGAUCUCUGAGAAAAUCUUAUAUCGAAAUGCGAAAUUCCGUUUUAAUAAUUCAAAGGCGAUAUAGAGCUUUAACUCUGAUGCGUCAACAAAGAGCCGCAUUUUUAAGGCAGAAAAGUGCUGCUAUAUCUAUUCAGAGAUAUUACAGAGCUCACGUUUCAAUGAAAAAGCUCAAACUCUCGUAUGAAAGAUUACGUUUUGCUGCUAUUGUAAUUGGACAAAGAUUCAAAGCACUAGUGCAAAUGCGGAAAGAGAAGUCCUAUUACUUAAAAUUAAAGUUUGCUUGCGUGAAUAUUCAAAAGAAAUAUAGAGCCCGAAUUGCUGCUAAGCUGGAAAGAAAACGUUACUUACAGAAAAAAGAAGCCGCAAUUAAAAUACAAAACUGGUUCAGAAAUUGCCGUACUGCUAAUACAAUACAACAACAAUAUCAACAAUCUAAGAAAGCGUGUACUAUUAUACAAAGAACGUUUAGGGCCUACUAUAUUGGGCGAAAACAGAGACAAGAAUACUUGCGUAUAAGAACUUCAGUUGUACGUAUACAGACAUAUUAUCGAUCCUAUGUUGAAAUGAAAAUUUUGAGACAGAAAUACCUACGACUCAAGACUGCUACAAUUACUAUUCAAAGGUUCUACAAGUCAUACUUAGAAAUGAAAAAAGACCAAUUAUAUUACUUAAAAAUAAAAGCAUCAGUAUGUCUCAUUGAAAACUAUUACAAACGUUACAAAGAAGCUAAAUUAAUUAGAAAACAAUAUUGUCAACUCCGCAAGUCGACGAUUUUUAUACAGAAUCAGUACCGAAGUAAAUGUUGCAUGAGACGCGAUCGAGAUAAGUUUUUACAGUUAAAGAAAGUAACUAUUUCCAUACAAAACAAAUUCAAAGCGUUGCUGGCAAUGAGGAAGCAAAGAAAUUCCUACAUAAAAUUACGCGAUUCCGCCUUGGUUAUUCAGAAAGCUUUUAGAGCACGCAUGUUGAUGAUUCAGGAAAGAAACAAUUAUUUGUCGGUUUUGAAGGCCUGCGUGGUUAUCCAGACUUAUUAUCGAGCUUAUAAAACAGGUAAAAAGCAAAGAGAAGAAUACAUUGAGCUGAAGCGGUCAUGUGUUAUAUUACAACAGAGAUACAGAGCGUUGUUAGUGAUGCGAAAAGAAAGAAUUUCUUAUUUGCAAUUACAAAAAGCUACAAUAACUUUGCAACGGCGAUACAGAGCUCGCUGUCUCAUGUUAAAAGAACGAUCAAAGUAUUUAGAUCUUUUAAAAGCAUGCAUUAUUAUUCAAAAUGCAUACCGAUCUAAGUGUUUACGUCAGAAAUAUAUGGUUGAAUAUAAGGGAAUGAAAUCUGCUGCAAUAUUCAUUCAAAGAUAUUAUAGACGCGUAAGGGAAACAAGAUCGAUUCAUAAUAGGUAUUUGAAUCUAAGAAGUGCUACGCUCUUUGUUCAACGUAAAUUUAGAGCUAACAAAGUGACUCUUGAAGCUCGUAAAAAUAGAGCCGCUUCUAAAAUUCAAAUAUGGUACAGGUGCAAUAAGAAUCGUAUUGAAUGCCGAAGUCGCUUUAAACAGAUGAAAAUCAGCGCCAUUAAAAUACAGUCAGUAUAUCGCAUGUACGUUUUUCGGAAGAAACUGCUUAGUUUAAAGCAAGCUUCUAUAACCAUACAGAGAUUUUAUAGAUCUUGGAAAUUAACGAUAUUGGUGAGACAACAGUACGUCUACACAAGAAGAUCUAUUAUAAAAUUACAAGCUUCCAUCCGCGGUCAUAUUGCGAAAAAGAGGUUCUUGACAAUGAGAAAAGCCGUAUUGACCAUACAAGCAGCAUAUAGAUUAAAGAAACAAGGUGACCUCCUUAAGGCUAGGAUGGAAAAAUCGGCGAUCUGCAUACAAAAGAACGUGCGUCGAUACCUUGUUCAGUCAUGGUUUCAUCAGUACAGAAGGAGAAUUAUAUUUAUACAAAGACUUUGGAAAGGUAUACUAGUGACAAGAUUGAUGCGCUGCGAUUUCUUGCAGAAGAGAGAAACAGUCAUAAGAUUACAGGCGCAUAUCAGAGGAUAUUUGACUAGAAAACAAGUACUACUGAAAAGAGAAAGUAUUUUAAAACUUAGAGAGGAAAAGAAACAGUACUGGGCGGCUUCGAAAAUACAGGCUUUAUUCCGAGGUCACAAAGCGCGUAUGAAUAUAAGGGGGGACAAGCAUGUAACUGAGCUCCGUCGGAGAUGGCGUGAAGGGGCUCUGAAAUCUACACAAGAGUCUUUGAAGGAACGUAACGAAGAAGCUAUGGAAGUACUCCGUCACAUGUCAGAUAUUGAAAUGGUGAUCAGGGCGUUUAGAUCAUUAGAAUUACUGACUGAAGUAUUUCCAAUGAUGUACAAUAACAAUGCGUCUUCCAUUGUCCGUCGCGUCUACGUCUACAUGUCAGUCACGAACAGAUCAAUUUCAAGCAUAGAAGUUCUCAAAUCUGCAGCUUCUGUUCUCGUUAAUUUAACUAGGUACAGGAUCACUGGACCUAAAAUAUAUUCGAGAGAACGUAUUCCGCCAAUUCUGAAAUUUAUGUGGAGGUUCAGUAAUAGUGAGACUCAACUAUUUUGUAUUUUAACAACAUACAUUUGGUUGUUUUCUAAAUACGACGAUGUAAAGAAUGAUUUGACUGAAUUUUUGCAAAUGCCAGAAAACCACAAAAUGUUGACGUCUAUCAGAAGUAAUGUGGGUAGAAUGAAAAGAAUGACAUCCAAUGCAAUAAGAAGCAAGUUCAAUACAUCACAAACUUCGAAGUUUGUUUCAAACACAAGCAAUAUGUCGUUUAAUCACAGUAUCUGCAGUUCAAAUGCCAAUUGCAGUUUAACAUAUCCUGCACUGGAACCAGAUUACGGGAUCACGAGAGCCGAUAAGCCCCGUUACUUUGAAGAUGCCCAGCUGGCAAUAACUUGCCUUUUUAAAACCUAUAAGUUGUAAAUGUAAAUUAAUUUAACUUUAUAAUGUAGAAUACUCUAUGAUUUAGAAGUUUUAUGACGUUAUAUUAAUAUUGUUCUUCAUAAGAAUAGGCUAGUUGACUCAUGUCAAAUUGUACUAUACAAAUGUUUAUUUCUUAUAAUUUUUGUUAUUAGGAACCUAAAUACAUUGACUUCACUUCAUAAAAUUAGAAGAUGGCUGUAGUAAUUUAAUUUGAAAAUUUGUUUUUUGUCUAUGCUUUUUAAACACUAAAAACGCUGUCCAUCAUAAUUGUUACGUCACAAAAUUUGUAAACAACUAAACGUCAUUGUCGUGUUACUGUGGAUUCUUUAGUCGGACUAAAAUAUAUCUAAAAACACAUAUCUUGUAGAAAAGUUUCCGUUUAUUGUUUUUUUUGACUAAAUUUAUGCUUGACGCCGGAUUUGUGACAGCAGAAACGACAAAACUCUUUGACUUAGUAGAUACAUUCGUAAUCUUAAAAAUUGAAUUUUUAACUUUAAAUAUUAUUCAAUAAGGUACAUCGAAGUGAUCUUUGCUAAAAGAAAUUACUUUCAGUCGAUAACGUUACAGAAUUUGGCAAGUUUUAAACAUGACUGUGUUCAUGUGUAGGUAGGUAUUGUACAUUUUCGUAUAAUACAAUCAUGAUAAUUACUAUAUUUUUUAUGUAAUCCAUUAGAAAUCAUGGUUUUAUUGUAUUAAUUAUUUCCAACGUGCUUGCGAGUGUUUGUAUACAAAUGUUUUGACGUCAUAGCAUAGAUAAAUCUAUAGACUAACUUGACCGACGACAUUUUUGUAUGUCCAUGAAAAAUCUAUUUUAUAAUAAAAGUUUUGUAGCUUUCUAGGUCAAAAAAAUACAAUAUUUUUUUUCGGUCUAAUAGAACAAUUAUUAACCAUUUAAAACAUAUACCCAAAAAGUGUCAACUAGCCUAUUAUGUGAUUUUCUAUAUGUUAUGUCUUUGUCUUUACUCAAUGAAUUUCAAUUAUUCUCAAAAUGUAUGUUUUAAUAAAAUUUCAUUAAAAUGGUUUUUGUUU